AUGGCUACCACCGCCACCGCAGAUAAUGGAUACAAUAAAGAGUACACCAGCGAAACUUCAGGUGUUAGCAAUACUCACGACCAUGCCUUUGUCAAUGGCUCUGAUAUAAACUAUUCCGCUGCCUCGAGAGGAUAUGAUUAUGGAGGAAAUCCAUUGGCACAUAUGAAUACAGGAGAAUCCGCUAGAUUCCCAGCAUUUGGUGGAGAGUUCCAACCUGGUCUUUACAAACCUACUACGGAAAGAAAAUUCGCCAACCCUGCCCCGUUGGGUCUCAGUGCUUUCGCUCUCACUACUUUCGUCCUAUCUCUUGUCAAUGUCGGAACUGCCGGUGUUUCAAGCCCAAAUAUCGUCAUCUCUCUUGCUUUUGGUUAUGGUGGUCUUGUUCAAUUGCUUGCGGGAAUGUGGGAAAUGGCUGUAGGAAACACUUUCGGUGCAACCGCUCUUUCAUCAUUCGGAGGAUUCUGGAUUUCACUCGCAAUCCUUCUCACGCCUGGUGGAUUUGAGAUUGCUAGCUCGUACUCGGACUACGAUUUCAAUCAAGCUUUUGGAUUCUUCCUAAUGGGUUGGUUUAUCUUCACCACCAUCCUGUUGGUUUGCACCUUACGUUCCACCGUCGCAUUUUUCCUCCUCUUCUUCUUCUUGGACUUGGCAUUCCUGAUGCUGGGAGUCGGUCACUUGCGAUGUAAUGCUGCGGGAGCCCCACUAUCCGGUGCGAUCAAGGCUGGUGGAUAUUUUGGUUUGUUCGCCGCAUUUAUGGCGUGGUAUAAUGCUCUGGCUGGUCUUGCGGAUGAUAGUAACUCUUUCUUCGUUAUCCCAGUCGCUCAUUUCCCUUGGUCGGUUAAGGGUCGCGAACGUCGUCUUAAGACUGAUCGGGAGACGGUUUAA